CCACUGAUAGCUGAUGUGCAGCGAGCAGAUGGGCACACUUUGGCUGAUGUUGCAUCGUCCAGCAGUAUCUUGUAAAUCCAGAUCUACUGGAUCUACUUUACUCGAAGCACCUUACGAAGGAUGUGUGCAGUGCCCAUUCGUGUGAUCUUCUGCACUUUGCCUGCUGAUGGAUGGCCUGGGAGCAACAAAAGUGGCACCCUACACAAUUACAUAUUUCCCUUGCAGAGGGCGCUGUGAGGCACUGAGGAUUUUGCUUGCCGACCAAGGCCAGCCCUGGAAGGAAAUUGUGGUUACUAUGCAGGAAUGGAUGAAGGGAGACCUGAAAGCCAGCUGUCUGUUUGGCCAAUUACCUAAAUUUGAAGAUGGAGAUUUUGUCUUGUACCAGUCCAACACCCUGUUGAGAUAUCUGGGACGAAAACAUGGAGCUUACGGAAAAGAUGACAAGCAGGCUUCUCUCAUUGAUAUGAUGAAUGAUUCUGUUGAAGACAUGCGUCUCAAGUACAUGCGAUUGAUCUACCAGGAAUAUGAGACUGGUAAGGAAAAGUACAUUAAAGACCUGCCCAAUGAUCUCUCCAAAUUUGAGAAGAUCCUGUCCAACAAUAAGGGAGGAUUUCUAGUUGGUAACCAGAUUUCCUAUGUGGAUUACAAUUUCAUGGAUCUGCUGCAGAAUCUCCAGGUCCUUUCAUCAAAUUGUCUGGAUUCCUUCCCCUCUCUGAAGAGCUAUGUGGAGCGUCUUUCUUCCCGUCCCAAAAUCAAGGCCUAUCUGGAGACUGAUGAGCACAAGAGGCGGCCCAUCAAUGCCAAUGGCAAGCAGUGA